GGCCGUGGCGGGAGCCGAGCGCUUCUGCCUGGCGCUGCUGCGGAAACGCGACUACGAAGGCUACUUGUGUUCGCUGCUGCUGCCCGCGGGUGCCAGGGCCUCUGCCGUCGCGCUGCGGGCCUUCAACGUGGAGCUGGCUCAGGCUGGUUAAAGACUCAGUGUCAGAGAAAACCCUGGGACAGAUGCGCCUACACUUCUGGAAGAACGCGGUGGAGGGGAUGUUCCAGGGGGACAGCCCCCCUCCGCAGCCUGUGGCCGUCGAACUGGGGAAGGCCAUCAAAAGACAUAAGUUGACUAAAAGGUGGCUUAUGAAAAUCAUUGAGGAAAGAGAGAAAGAUUUAGAUGACAAACCCUACCGGAAUAUUCAGGAGCUGGAAAGUUAUGCGGAAAACACGCAGAGCUCACUUCUCUAUCUGACUCUAGAAAUCCUGGGGGUGAAGGACAUUCACGCCGAUCACGCCGCCAGCCACAUUGGGAAGGCCCAGGGCAUCCUCACCUGCCUGCGGGCCACGCCUUACCACAGCCACCGACGCCGGCCGCUGCUGCCCAUGGACAUCUGCGCGCUGCAUGGCGCCUCCCAGGAGGAUUUUGUUCGGAAGAAGCGGGACAAGCACGUGCGAGAUGUGAUCUAUGACAUUGCCAGCCAGGCCCACUUGCACCUUGAGCAUGCUCGAUCUUUCCACCAGAACGUCCCCACACCUGCGUUUCCUGCCUUUCUGCAGACGGUUGCCCUGGAGGACUAUUUAAAGAAAAUUCAGAAAGUAGAUUUUGACAUUUUCCACCCAUUCUUGCAGCAAAAGAGCACGUUGCUUCCAUUACUCCUGUACGUCCGGUCGUGGAGGAAAAGAUAUUAAAAGAGUUAGACGGUGCUGG